AAUGUGAUGUUUGUGGAAAGGCAUUCAAACAGUUACAUCACUUAAAGGAUCACAUGAAAAUACACACAGGUGAUAAACCUUAUAAAUGCGAUGUAUGUGGAAAGGCAUUCAGCCAUUCACAGUAUAUAAAGAGUCACAGGAGGACACAUACUGGUGAAAAACCUUAUAAAUGUGAUGUUUGUGGGAAGGCAUAUAAACUGUCACAUCACCUACAGAAUCACAUGAGGACACAUACAGGUGAUCAACCUUAUAAAUGUGAUGUGUGUGGAAAAGCAUUCACUCAGUCAAGUAUCUUACAGAGGCACAUAAUGACACAUACAGGUGAUAAACUUUAUAUAUGUGAUGUGUGUGGGAAGGCAUUCAACCUCUUACAAAUCUUACAGAGACACAUAAGGAUACAUACAGGUGAUAAACCUCAUAAAUGUGAUGUGUGUGGGAAAGCAUUCAAUAGAUUACAUAGAUUACAGACACACCUAAGGACACAUACAGGUGAUAAACCUUAUAAAUGUGAUGUGUGUGGGAAAGCAUUCAAUAGAUUACAUAGCUUACAGACACACCUAAGGACACAUACAGGUGAUAAACCUCAUAAAUGUGAUGUGUGUGGAAAGGCAUUCUCCCUCUCAGAAAACUUACAGAGGCACAUGAUGACACAUACAGGUGAAAAACCUUUUAAAUGUGAUGUAUGUGGGAAAGAUUUCAACAGAUUAUAUAGCUUACAGAUACAUAUUAAUAUACAUACAGGUGAUAAACCUUAUAAAUGUGAUAUGUGUGGGAGAGCAUUCAACCAGUCAAGUAUCUUAAAGAGACACAUGAGGACACAUACAGGUGAAAAACCUUAUAAAUGUGAUGUGUGUUGAAAGACAUUCAGCCAGUCACAGUAUUUAACGAGUCACAUGAGCACACAUACAGGUAAAAAACCUUAUUGAUAUGAUUAAAGGGACUUUGAAUAAAUGUUACAUAUUUGGAAGUAAUUGGGAUAAAUGUGACAUAUGACGGAGAGAGUCUUGGUAAAUGUGACAUGUAUAUUAAAGAGGGAGUAUGGAUAAAUGUGAGAGGAACCUUUGAAUAAAUGAAUGAUUUUGAAUAGAUGUGAUAUAGAUGAGAGGGAACUUUGGAUAAAUAUAACAUAUGAAAGAGGGACUUUGGAUAAAUAGGACACAUGAAAGAGAGACAUUGGAUAAAUAGGACACAUGAAAGAGGGACCUUGGAUAAAUAGGACACAUGAAAGAGGGACUUUGGAUAAAUAGGACGCAUGCAAGAGGGACUUUGGAU